AAAAUAGAGAAAAAAAAGCAGCGAAAAAGAAAGAACAGAGCCGUUUCCUAAAUGGCCACCGCCGUCCUCCACCGCCCGCUGCUCGCUUCGCAUCUCCCCGCUGGCACCGGCGCCGGCGCCGCUUCAUCCUGCAGCUGCCCGCUUCCCUCUCGCUUCCAUCUCCAGCGGCGUCGCUCUCCGGCUCCCGUACUCGCCGUCUCCUCCGACUCCUCCAAGCCCCUCGCGUCCUCGUCCCCCACCGGCGGCGGCCGCGACUCCGACGAGGAGCCCGUCUUGCCCCUUCUACAGGAAAUCUCUGAUUGCUUGGUUCUCCCGCCCAAAUUCUUGUCACUGCUGCCCCGCGACCUUCGCCUCGACCUCAAUGAUGCGGCGUUUGAUCUCUCCAAUGGGACUGUUCUCGAUGAGUGUGGCCAAGAGGCUGGUGAUCUUUUGCUGAAUCUGGCAAAAGCAUGGGAGAUGGCUGACACAUCGGCAUCAAAUAGCCUUGCCAAACAGCUGCCGUCAAUGGAGCCAUACUUGACUGGCAGUGCCAAAUCAGCGUUUGGCAAGCGGCUGGUGUCAGCUGGAAGGAAGUUUCAGACUAUGGGGCAGUAUGGUAAUGGAGAGUUCAAGAAGAUUGCUGAAACAAUGAUCAAGAAUGGUAAGGUUCUAUCUAAACGCCCAGUGAUUCAAUCUGAAGUACAGGCCAUGAAAGAAAAGAGAAAGUUAAAGUUUGGAGAACUUGAAUUCGAGAUGACAACCCAGAAGGCGUAUAUUGGUGCUGCAGUUGGACUGGUUUUCGGAUUUUUCUCCUGGCAACUAUCCCAAGGCGUGCAAAGCAGUCCAGACGACAGCCCAUUGCAGCUGGCCAAGUCACUCAAGGUCGCGCUGCUUGUUCUCGGCUACACUUCUACCGCGCUAUCCGUGUCCGCUGCGGUGGGGCUUGUGAUACUAGCCCAGCGGAUAAACCCUGAGAACAAAUCAGACUAACUGCUCGGAAACUGUAGACUUCGUGACAUCUUAUCCUUGAAGAUUGUAAUGCUAUCUUUAGUUACAUAAAAAUUCCUCUUGCUCAUUAAAGAAUAAAGACAAUGCUGAAUUGCUGGUAGCUAUUCUGGCAUUUGAUGUGAGUGGUUGUACUACUGAAAUCGUAUGGAGCGGUUGUACAAAAAAUAUAAAAAAUAAAGUGUUGUUUGUCUGUCAGAAA